AUGAGUACGUGCUUGACAGGACAUGCAGAAUGUCGCGUCAAAGGCCAACCAAAGUCGUAUCCCACCCGUUUGCUGGAGAUAGAUAAAUCAGGUUUGCGGCUCAUCGAUCCCGAGACGACACCGAUUUCUGGGCCGUAUGCUGCACUCAGCUAUUGUUGGGGCUCGAAUCCUUCAUUCCUCCGUCUCACCGCUUGGAACCAAAAUAGGCUGCGGGCAGGGAUCGCCGACGAUGAGCUUCCGAUAGCUUUUUGUGAAGCUCUCAAAGCCGUACGAUGCCUCAAUAUCUUGUACAUCUGGAUCGAUUCGCUGUGUAUCAUUCAGAGUGGGCCCGGAAGUACUGAAGACUGGGCCCAUGAGUCCUCACGGAUGGCGGACGUAUACUCAAACAGCAUACUCUGCCUUGCGCUGUACCGAGCUGCAAAUCCACAUGAGAGUACAUUCCGAGGGGGUGUGCCACCUUUUAUGCCACCCAUUGAAGUUGAUACAAGAUGUAUUUUCGAUAGAGAUGAGUCCAUUCAUCAUUCAUGUGUCGUCUUCUCUUCUAGCUAUUAUGAAGACGCGCUCUAUCGCCAACCACUGGGUUCCCGAGGGUGGGCGUUGCAAGAAAGAUUGUUGUCGCCGCGUGUUCUCGGGUUCGGUUGCGGAGAGUUGUUUUGGAGCUGUGCCGAAUGCCAACACGCAUGCGAGUCGUUCCCGGAUGGUUUGCGUCUCGAAGAUAACUUCUUUCAAGGUCUGCAACUGACGUCGGUCCCGUCAACGAUAGAGGCAAAAGACAAUUGGACCCUCACCACUGUCUGGUUCCGAGUUGUGGAGGAAUAUACCAACCGUGACCUCACGUUCCCAGAAUCAGACAAGCUUGUGGCGUUGUCUGCAGUGGCCUUACGUUUGGGCCAGGCAAUGGACGAUGUAUGCAUCUGGGGCCACUUCAACAAGAGCUUGAUUAGAAGCUUAUAUUGGGGCAGGGCAACCAGAAGAUCUCAAGUAGCCUCUGAUGGGAGAUGGACCAACGGGGUCAAGUUUCCUUCCUGGAGUUGGGCCUCUAUGGACGGACCGAUAUCUUUCGAGCAUGAAGUCUUUGGGACAAUGGUAACCUCCCCCCUCGCUUCAUUCGAAAGGUACGUGAUACAAAGCCCAGGCACAGGUCAUCAGCAAAUUUCCACCAUCCUGCUCCAACUUCAGGUCUAUGAAAUGAAAGGACAGUUGCAGCUGCAUCGUGAUGAGAGCGGUGGUACGGUCUAUACCUUCGCCCCAACAGCAUAUUCCAGAAUCAUUGACUGCGCCAGAAAAUUCACGGCUUUCCUGGAUGACUAUCAAAACCCCACUGAGGGUGCUCACGUGACCUUUUGCCCCUUGAUGGCUGAUAGUGGGAGAGAUCCGGCCACCCUUAAGUCUUGCGACUUUGUUUUGGGUAUAUUUGUUGAGAAGACAGGUCAUUUACUGGAUGGCCGAUUCAUAUUUCAUAGAGUAGGCUGCGGUUACAUCGAGCUGAAAGACUGGGAGCAAUGGCAAAAUAUCUAUUAUAGUGUUGAAUUCCGAGAAACUAGCAAGGUACUCUUGAGUUGA